AUGUUACCUGUCAAGUUUCGCAGCUUUCAGCUAGUUUUCAGUUGGGGAAAAUGGCGCGGGCCGGCGGCCAACUUGUGCUCGAGAAGGACUUUUGGCUACUGUCAAAUUACGGAAGUACCCUCAUUGCAAGCGGGAAUGGAGUGGGCCGGGCAUGCUAUAAAUGGGUCCCAUGUGCAGCCCAGCUACACUCUUCAGGCCCAUAAAUCUCCUCCGGGAGAUUGGUGGAACGCAAUCUCUCGGUCUGAUCGUUACGGGGAGAUGAACGCAACGGUCAUUUGCGGAAGGACAAAAGCUCUCUGCAACAUCAAAUUCUUCUCAGCCUACUCUUCUGCAAUUCCCCACAAAUCCAACCUCGCUUCCUAUUACUUCUCCCUCCUCCACUCUUCGCCCGACCUCACACACCUCCGCCAUCUCCAUGCUCGCUUGCUGCGGACCCCUCUCUACGCCGACGUGUUCCUCAGCUCCAAGCUCGUUUUGAUGUACUCCCGACGCUCCAAGCUCUUCCCGGACUCCCUCUCCGUCUUCUACCAUAUGCCGGAAAGAAACAUUUAUUCCUGGAACAUCAUCAUUGGCGAAUUUUCUCGGUCUAGUUUUCCCGAGAAAGCGAUUGAAUUGUUCAUUCGGAUGCAGGGGUCCGGUAUUCGACCCGAUGACUUCACAAUGCCCCUUGUUUUGAGGGCCUGCGCUGGUUCUGGGUCGGAAAUUGGCGGGCUUUUGGUUCAUGGGUUGUGCGUGAAAACGGGUAUGGAGGGGAAUUUGUUUGUUGCCUCUGCUCUGGUUUUCAUGUACGUUACGUUUGGGAGGGUUUUUAGUGCGAGAGUGGUGUUUGAUGGAAUGCGUAAGAGGGAUGCAGUGUUGUGGACGGCUAUGCUGGCUGGCUAUGCGCAGCAUGAGGAGCCUAUGUUGGGGUUGGGAGUGUUCAGGGAGAUGGUCAAUGAUGGGGUUGAGCUUGAUGGGGUGGUUAUGGUGAGCUUGCUCUUGGUUUGUGGGCAUUUGGGAUCAUUGAAGCAUGGUAAGAGUGUUCAUGGUUGGAGUUUGAGAAGAUGUCUUGCUUUAGAGUUGAAUUUAGGAAAUGCCAUUGUUGAUAUGUAUGUAAAGUGCGCUUCGUUGUGUUAUGCACAUAGAAUGUUCGAUAAAAUGCCUGAAAGAGAUGUGAUUUCUUGGAGUUCAAUGAUUGUGGGAUACGGGUUGGGCGGUGGUGCAGCAACUGCUAUCGAAUAUUUUGAGAAGAUGCUUGUUGGGGGUGUUAAACCCAAUGAUGUAACAUUUCUUGGUGUUUUAUCUGCAUAUACACACAGUGGAAUGGUGGAUAGAGUGCGUUCUUGUUUUGGAAUGAUGAAGGAUUAUGGGGUUGAACCAGAGUUGAAACACUAUGCUUGUGUGGUUGAUUGCUUGGGGAGAGCAGGGCUCCUAGAAGAGGCAGAGAGGUUUGUUGAAGAAAUGCCGAUUCAACCUGAUGGAGCUAUAUUAGGGGCUCUUUUGGGCGGAUGUCGACUUCAUGCCAAUGUUGAGGUGGGAGAAAGAGUGGCAAAGAAGCUAAUAGGGUUGGAACCUGAAAAGGCUGGGUAUUAUGUGCUAUUGUGUGACAUCUAUGCAGCUGUAGGGAGAUUUAAUGAUGCUGAGAGAGUUAGGAGCUUUAUGCAACAGAGAAAUGUGUCUAAGUCACCUGGGUGCAGUCUUAUCGAAUCAAAAACUUGUUUUCCACUACAAAAUGAGGUUUCAUUUGGUUUUGAAGUUGGUUGAGGUGGUGGACAAUGCAUACUCUGCACAAGUUCCACAAAAUGUGACUGGCAUUGCGACUAGAUGGAUCGAUCUUAAAUUUGCUUUCUAUGAUGAAAGGAAGCCCAUUUUGUUUUAACUUGGUUGAAGUUGUUGGGGCAUGUUCAUGUGGGUGAAUUACCAUCAUUUUCUUUAAUGGGAAAGUAAAUUGAUGGAA